UUCUGCCCCACAAUACGCUACCGGGAAACAAUUAUGGAGCCUCUCGGCGUCUUGUCCAUAAUUGGAUUUAUUGGCACCGUUGCGGGGUUUGCUGAGUUGGGGUUUCGAGGGAAUCAUGUCGCCAAAAAGAUGAGGGAGCAGUUGAUGAGACAACAGUCUGAAGCAGACGUCAUCCGGCUUGUUCUUCAGGAGGCCAUCCGUGGCUCAUCUCUUUACGGAGCACCAACAGAUGCAAUGGACAGGACCAUGCUUUUGUGCGCUAAGCUUUCCAAGAGACUGGACUCGGAGUUGCAACAUGUCGAAGGAUGCCUUGACCAACGAGGCUGGAGACGGUUGAGGGGUUUGGGAAAAGCGAUGACUCGCACAAAUGAACGGAGAUAUGCUUACGAAGCAUUUCGAGACGCGGUCUUACUACUCCGAGAGCUAGGAGACAGUUGCAAUACCGGUCGCCAACUGAGCUCGAUGAUGGCCGAUCUCUCCGAUGUACGGGUUGAAUCAGAAAUCGACGAAGACUCCGACUCAAUUCAGAAGUGGGAUCCAGGGGAAUAUCAGGAAAGAACUGGGCUGAAUCUAGACGACCUAACAUUGUCGAAUCCUAAUUUGGAUAGCGAUCGGCCAUUAUUAAAAACUCUGGCUGCUUCCAACUACACUUUCGACGCCAGAAUAAGCUUGGUGAAGGGGAGCCAAAUAAGCUAUAUCCCCGUUCGCGGACUAUGGGAUACCGGAAGCGACGCCUUUUUCAUCUCCAAAACGAUUCUGGAUCGAGCAAACAUCGGAGAAGAGGACAUGACUCGCCUCGAAGAAACGCAUACCUACCACGGCAUUGGCAGCGCAAGCUUCUCUCCAGCUUUCAGUAUAGAUCUAACAUGGCAUAUCAGACGUAAUAUGAAUUCUCGCAGAGACACCUUUUAUGUCACAGAGGAGGAAAUUUUCGAUAUUCUUGUACCAUAUACAUUAAGCAUAGGUGUAAGAUCUACGACGAUUGGGAAAGAGGGCCGGAACGCAUUAAUAUUGCAACUUCGACCGAAGAAAAAGGCGCACAAAAAACAGGAGCUCGAAAAAGAGGAACACAACAAUGUAGCCGCCGAAUCCGCAAGGAAGGUGAAAGAAGAGAAACUGCGCAAAGAGAGGCGGAGGAUAAUCGAAGAACGCGAAAGGGCAGCCGCCUUGAACGCCUCGCAAGGCAACACACAAAGCAUCACACAACUGAGUGCCCUACCAAGCACACCUUCAAGUGCUCCGAACAACGCACAAAACAACACACAAACGCAUACAUCACCAAAUUCACCGACGACAGCAUGAUCCAUCUAGACGCAGACUGCUUAGCGAAAUGACACAUAAUCAGGAACCUACUUGUAGCGCUUUCGGGAAGUCACGGGGGGCUUGCAUGUGCUUAAUAGAGAACUGGAGAAUUCAC